AUGUCCGGUCCCCCUUCGAGACUUGGCCCAACACGAGUGACUCUCCACGUGAAGGGAGACGUUCCGGACUGGAAGGAGGAAUUCAAACAGUUUCUGUUGGCUGUCAAAGACUCGGAAGGAUACUUCCGUUACCGAUGGGGACUUUGGGAGGAGGACCACAGCAAGCUAGAGAUUCUCGCAACCUGGUCCCCCGUCGAGCACCGUCAGGCUUUCGGACGGUGUCCCCAUCACCCAAAGGCCAUUGACGCGAUGAUGCCCGUUCUCAAAGCCGUGCCAUCGGCAUGCCCCCGCGUCGACUUUGACGUCGACACCAUGGUGCCGCCGUCGCCGGAGCUCAUCAACAGCCCCAUUUGCGAAAUCAUCACCGUCACGCACUUCACCGGCGACAAGGACGCCGCGGCGGCCAUGCUCAAAAAGGUCGAGUCGAACCCGGGCUGCCGCGCCUCCCAUUCCGGCAUCACGGCGACCGAUACGCCCGAUGACGGCACAGUGUGGCUUGGGUUUGUUGGGUGGCAGGACUAUGCGUCUAGUCAGGCGGCAGACAAGUCUGCGUACAUGCCUUUUGGGGUGGGCAAGGUUGAGUCGCACCAUACCAACUUCAAUUUCCCCAUCAAGGGGUUCUCUGUUACCAACCCCGGUAGAUGA